UCUCUCUCUCUUCCUCUCCUUCUCUCUCUGUGUAACUCUGACUUUCAAGUAAAUAAAUAAAUCUUUUUUUUUUAAAGCAAGUUUGGAGGAAUAAAUCCAGAGGAGAACAAGGAGAUCUAGGAAGUGGGAGUGAAUAAAUGACUGAAUAAUGUUUAUAAUAAUAAAUGUACACAUUUAUGUAUUCACAGAAUAAUUGAGUUGCCUUAUAUUUAUACUCUAAGAGAGGGAAUAUCUUUCAGAGAAAGAAUAAGAGUGGAAUAUAUGAUUGUAUUCGAGGUAAAAAAAUGCUCAGAAAGUAUUUUAGUGCCACUCCCCCAAAAAAGUCCAAUCUGUGUCUUGAGUCUUACUAAUCAGUACUGUUGUCCCAGUAUUGAUGAGUUGUUAUUUGCUUCAAAUGGGCCCAAGAUAAAUACUAAGUACCUGACAGCAUGUUCCUAGGAAAGCUUAAUUUCUUUAGCAGUAAUGGUAGUUUAUUUCCCUGCUUUUUUUUUUUAAGAUUCAUUUGAAAGGCAGAGUUACAGAGAGGCAGAGGCAGAGAGAGAGAGAGAGAGAGAGAGAGAGAGAGAGAGAGAGUCUUCAAUCCACUGGUUCACUCCCCAAAUGUCAGCAAUGGCUGGAGCUGAGCUGAUCUGAAGCCAGGUGUCAGGAGCUUCCUCUGGGUCUCCCAUGUGGGUGCAUGGAUCCAAGGAUGCAGGCCAUUCUCCACUGCUUUCCCAGGCCCUAGCAGAGAGCUGUUUUGGAAGUGGAGCAGCCGGGACUUGAACUGGCACCCAUAAGGGACGGUGGCACUGCAGGAGGUGACCUUACCAGCUCCGCCACAGAGCCGGCCCCUAUUUCCCUCUCUUUAAAAUCCUCUCACACAGGCAAACCAAAUUUAAGCAGUUAUAAACACAUUUUCUUUCUUUCUUCCUUUCUUGUUCUCUCUCUUGUCCUCCCUCUGUCUCUGUCUCUCUUUUCUGUAUCAUAGGUGGUGGCUUAACUUGCUGCACCACAACACUAGCCCCAGCAAUCUUAAUUUUUUUAUUUUUAUUAUUUAUUUAAGAGGUAGAAUUAUACACAGAAAGAAGGAGAGACAGAAAGGUCUUCCAUCCGCUGGUUCACUCCCCAGAUGGCUGCAAUGGCCGGAGCUGAGCCGAUCUGAAGCCAGAGCCAGGAGUUUCUUUCAGGUCUCCCACGUGGGUGCAGGGGCCCAAAGUCUUGGGCCAUUACCUACUGCUUUCCCAGGCCGUUAGCUGAGAUCUAGAUUGGAAGAGGAACAGCUGAGACAGAAACCGGUGCUCAUAUGGGAUGCCGGUGCCGCAGGCAGAGGCUUAGAGCACUACACCACAGCACCAGCCACAAACACCUUUUCUUAAAAGAGAUUUAUUUAAUAAAUGUACAGUGGACAGAGACAAAAGAUUGAUGUCCUUUAUGUCACUGCCCACAUCCCUUCUCCCAAAAGUGCCUCCCAAGACACCCUCUUACCUCCCUCUGAAUGGAGGUGCCUGGUGGUGGAUAUCAUAAUAGUGAUUUACGUUUGAAGACCAAAGGCUGCUUGUGGUUCCUGUGCCAUUGGCUCUGAGGUCUCAUUUUGAAGAAGCAGGGUUUACAGAGCAACUUGUGGUGCUAGCUUCUCCCUGGUUUAUCUGCCCUCAUGUGCUUUUAAAAGAGCACCUGCAGGAGCUCAGUUUUAAUUGGUUUAUUUACACAUAGGGCAAAUUCGUUAGAAAAAGCACUACUACUUAUAGGUUUAAUUGCUUGAUCAUGUUCAGCCAAGUAAAAUAUAGAAACAGUAAAUCAAAGAAAGAUCUUAUCUACUUCCUUUUCUCGAUACCGAACAUGCAACAUCUAAACAUUUUCAACAGUUUCAUAAUCCUAACUUCUUCUUUUCCCAAGGUGAGAUAAUCAUAACAGUAAUCGUCAGAAAAUUCCCCUAGAUACACUUUCAAAUCAUCAUUAAACCUCUCUAAAAUUAUUGGUAGCAUGUGAAUUAAGAGUCAAAGCAGACAAGAAAAAAUUGUAACUUAGAUGUUAAUGCAGAAUAAAUUACUUUAUGGAAAAAAUAGUAAAGGACUUCAGAUUUCUAAUAUUCUUAAAUUUCAUGCAUGGAACAUAGAUCUUUUAUGUCUCAUUAACUUAAUCAGUGAUACAACUGACUAGAAUAAAGAUUUAACUAAAACAGAUUGAAGAAAGUUGUGAAUGAAUGGAACCGCAUCCAAACCCAAGGCUUCUUAAGCUUCUGGUAUCUGUUAUCUUUUUGCCACUGCCCUCAAGUUAUACUACACAGUGAUUUCUUUUUAAAAACUAUAAUUUUGAAUUUGUGUCUUUAUUCCAUCCCUCCUCAUUUCUCCCCUAGUCCAAUGUCAUGGAGAUUGUGUGAAAUGGCCAAAUCCUAGAAAUAUUUAAUUUAUCUAAUUAUUUUUAGAGAUUUUGAUUUAUUUGAGAGGCAGAAAGACAAAAGGAGGUGGACAGACAGACAUAUCUACCAUUGCGGCUUCCUUCCACAAAUGCCCACAACAGUUGAAGCUGGCUCAAGUCAAAGCCAGGAUCGGAGAACUCAAUCUGGUCUCUCACGGGGGUGGUAGGGAUCUAAGUACUUAAAUCAAUUACCAACUGCCUCCCAGGGUGUGGAUUAACAGAUGAAUGUCAAGUGGAGUGGCCAGCCCUCGAACCCAGGCACUGUGAUAUCAGAUGCCGGUGUUCUAAACUUGCUCCUCUAUAAAUAUUUUAAAGGAGAAACAAUCAAACAAACAACAAAAAAGUUGCAGAUGAGCGUUGAGUUAAAAUAAGAGAGAAGGCAAAGUAAAGAAUUAAAAGAGGACACUUUUAUAUAAGUGGAUGUCAGACUAAGAAAUUUAGACUAGUUCUUCCAUUGAAGGAAAGUAGAAAAGCUAGAUUAAUAAAAAAAAAAAAGUUUCUGGAAGACAUCAGCAAUAUAACAAGGUCAUGAAGAAUUACCUGGGGGCCGGCAUUUAGGAAUAGCAGGUAACUGGCUUUGGCCUUGUUCAGCUCUUGCUGUUGUGGCCACCAGGGGAAUGAACCAGCAGAAGGAAGAUCUCUCUCCUUCUCUCUCCGUCUCCAACUUUCAAAUAAAUAAACAAAUCUUAAUAAAAGGAAUUACCUUGUCAGGAUCCAGAAAAAGGAAUGAUUGAUUAGUCUGGCACUUGGAACCAGUUUGCCCUAGCAUGUUUGCUGACUGAUCUAGAAGAGCUGCUGAAAGGUUAGCAGGGCUUUUGAUAGCCCCUUGGGAAGGGGGUGAGGAGGUAGACAACAGUAUCACUUAUUGUAUAGGUGGCAACCUAGCUUUGAGUCCCUUGAAGUCCUGAAACAUGGGAGUCCUUAAAAAUUGGAUUAGGUGGGUUCUAGUCCCGGUUGGGGAGCCGGAUUCUGUCCCGGUUGCCCCUCUUCCAGGCCAGCUCUCUGCUGUGGCCCUGGAGUGCAGUGGGGGAUGGCCCAAGUGCUUGGGCCCUGCACUCCAUGGGAGACCAGGAGAAGCACCUGGCUCCUGCCUUCGGAUCAGCGUGAUGGCCGCAGCGCACCGGCCGCAGCGGCCAUUGGAGGGUGAACCAACGGCAAAAGGAAGACCUUUCUCUCUGUCUCAAUCUCUUUCACUGUCCACUCUGCCUGUCAAAAAAAAAAAAAAAAAAAUUGGAUUAGGUGAUUGAAAAUGGCUAACACUUGUAGGUUCCUGGAAAUAUAAAAUAUAAAAAUGACAGUAGAUUUGAAAACAGAAUCAAAUAGACCUUCUACAACAGAAAAAAAGUUGCCAAAAAAUCAAGUAGCAGAACUGAAGUUUGAAUACAGGAAGUUCAACUUUAGGAUCCAUAGUCCUAACAGCACUAUUCUCAAAACUAGGAAAAAAAUUGAGAUGUUCUUUUAAAAUUAACUAAUUGGAGUUCAACCAAGUUACAUUAUUUUCCAAUAACUCACUGUAAACACUGUAUAUUCUGCAGUUAUUUGAUCAUGGUUUGUUUCCUCCAGACCUCAUUGAAAUUUAAUCCCUAUUAAGAGAUAUUAGAAGAAGAGACUAGGGGGAACAUUUAAGAGGUUCUGCACUAGUGAAUGAAUUCAUCUUUUCAUGUGAUUAAUAGGUUAAUCUAAGAAAGAUCUGCCAGAGGAGCCAGUUUGGCUGAGUUAUCCUCACACACCCUGUGUCCGACUACCCGAUGCCUUGUGCUGCCUCAAGAAGGCUGGCACCAGAUGCAGCUGCUAGACUUUGAGCUAGAACCAGGAGCUAAAUGCUUCGUACAGGAAAUCUAUUGCUGUGUCAAGUUCCACAGAAGAGUUACUUCUCUCCCAAGUUACUAAUCAGGCUGAAACACAUAGUGUUGAAGGAAGGGAGUGCCUCACUGCUGAUGGUCUAAGAGGAUUCGGCACUGAGAAGUUGACCGGAGGGAGCCUCGUAAUGCUCACAGCUGCUUCUCCACCUGUAUGGAGGAAAAGUAUCGUGUGAAGGGCUGACAAAAAGAAAGCAGACAUGGUCUGCCCUUGGAGAACUUCUGACUUAUGGCUCCUACUGAUUUUAACCGUCUUUUUGGUGGCUGUUUCAAGUACUUCAUGCAUGCAUGGAAAGCAGACGACACAGAACAUUUCGGCCCUUCCUAUAGAAGUUAAUACUUCACUGACUGUGCUGAUGGGUACAAAGGCUGUACUCUGUUGCCAUCCUAUCCCAUUGACAAAUGUGGUGCUAAUAACAUGGGAAAUAAUCCCCAGAGACAGGCCUAUCUGCAAAAUAUCCUACAAGGGAGGAACAAAUGAGAUCACAAAAAACAACUGUACUGAUGAGAGAAUCACCUGGGCCUCCAGACCUGAUGUAAACCCUGGACUUCAGAUCCACCCAGUGGCUCUCAGUCAUGAUGGCUAUUACAGGUGUCAAAUGGCAGCAUCUAAUGGGAAUUUCGAUCAUGGGUAUCGCCUCCAAGUGUCAGUUUGCCCUGAAGUGACGCUGUCUCCCGUCAAGAACAGAACCGCGGUGUGCAAGGCUGUUGCAGGGAAGCCGGCUGCGCAGGUCUCUUGGGCCCCAGUAGGGGACUGUGUCACUGAGCAAGAACAUUGGGACAAUGGCACAGUGACUGUCUGGAGUACGUGCCGUUGGCCAGAUAGCAAUGUGUCUGCUGUGACCUGCUCUGUCUCCCAUUUGUGUGGCAACAAGAGCUUAUCCCAAAAUCUACUUCCUGAUCCUAAAGGAACAUCACAUGAAUAUAUUCUAUAUAUCAUCUUCCCUAUUCUUUUGGUCGUCAUAGGAACCAUUUGGUUUUUGAUCUGUAUCUACAGAAAAUGUAAGUUGCAAAAACCAGAAGCUACUCCUGCUGUUGAGGAGGAUGAAAUGCAGCCCUAUGCCAGCUACACAGAGAAGAGCAAUCCACUCUAUGAUACUGCAAACAAGGCAAAGAUGUCUCAGAUGUUACAAAGUGAAGUUGAUGGCAUGGGCCUCAAUAGUUUAUAGGUCAUUGGAAUUAGCACCAGGGAAAAUGAAUCAGGAUAGUUCCAGAACAGAAGAUCUAUAUUAACAUUAUAUUGCAAAACAGUCCCUUAGAAGAAAAAGACAUUCUAAAGGAUUUGCAUUUAUAUCCUAAUACAAUUGGAAUUUUAGAAUCUUAGCUCUUUCUUUGAAGAACGUGUUAUUACAAAGAAAGCACAUGCUUAUGAUAAAAUAUUCAAAUUGUGCAAUACAGUAAAUAAUGAAAACCAAGUUUUCUCAAGAAAUAACAAUGCAGGAGCAAGUAUCAACAGUUUCUUAUGUACCUUUUAGAAAAUUUUUAUAUAUAUAUGAUCAGUGUAUUGCCUAUGGUAUGUUGGUGUGUUUAUGUGUCUAUUUAUGUAUAUAUAAUACACAUACACACAGGCACAUACGUAUCCCUGCCAAGACAGGCAUGAGACAUACUGUAAUGUUGCUCUGUAUUUAUAAAAUGCUGAAAACAUGUCUUGGGUAUCUUUUCAUGUCAACACAAGCAAAGCUACCUCAUUCUUUUUAUCGCUACAUAAAAUUCCAUGUCUGGUUAUGUCAUAAUUUAACUAAACACAGUCCUAGUGAUUGGACAUUUAGAUGGUUUUGAGUUUUGUGUUAUAAACUAUACUGCUUAGAAUGUUUCUUGUGGAUUUAUCUCUUUACAUUUGUUAGAGAAUAUCUGCAGGAUAAUUUACUUGAGUGGAAUUGCCAGAUCAAAGGGUGUGUAUUUUUAUUAUUGAAAGAUAUGUCUAAUUGUAUCAAUUUAUAUUCCCUCCAACAGUGAUUGAAUGUGCCUCUUCCUAUACUCUUAUUUUAAUAUCUGUUAUUUCUACAUCUCCAGUUUCCACUUUCCCUUUUCAAUCAACUAGUUAGUAAAUAUGAUGUAAGAUUAUAAGUAUUACACUAUUUAAUAAAACAGUUUAUAUUUUUGUCAUUUGUAAGACAGAAAAUGCAUGUGUGAGGAUGUCAGUUUUGUCUGAAUUCAUCUCUCUAAAAGUGUUGAUAUUUAAUGCCAGUAGUUUUGCAGAUGUGACAAGUUGGAAUUGUGUUUUAUGGUGUCCAUUCUAUUCUGAUGUAUUUAUCAACUAACAAAUAUCUAUGGACUAUGUAAGCAGCUAAUUAGGCACUGUGGAGGAAUUGGUUUCUAUGUGCUAAAAGAGUGGCCAGGAAUUUCUGUGACUCUCUCCUCCAUUUUUAUGUGGACUAAACGAUUGGUUUUAUGUAUACAGAGGAUUUUUAAUAUCAUGAAAAAUAUAUCUAAUUAUGGGAACAAUGAAUCUGUUUUCUCUAGAACAGGAAAAGCAUUAGUAUUUUUUCACUAUGAUGGAAAUUAAAGUAAUACCCAUUCAUGUUA